GAAUAUGAUCGAGCAGUUUCCUUGACGACGUAAACAAAACACGUACAUCGCGCAUAUCUUCACACCAAAUCGUGUACAUAAAUAAUAAAUUAAACCCCCGUUUUUUUUCCAAAACCAACCGCGUCACUGGUAAUAGUAAUUAAUGAGCCGUGUGUGUUGCCCAUAGAGGGAGACAGGAAAAACAUACAAUCAACCAUGCAGGAAAAAGGUUCUCCAUCCACCACCACUGCUGCUGCUGCUGCUGCUACGGGUACUCCGGCGAAGGUAAAAACGGACAGCUGGCUUGAGGAAACAUCCAUCGGUCGUUCAUUGUCAACGCUAACGAGUGGUGCCAGCUCCGGCCACGGGAAAAAUGCGCGCAAGUUCUCCAACAUUUUAGAGAUGGAACGAUUCAGCAACAGCAAUAUAGUUUCGAUGGACGAUACCAGCACAACGGUCGACUAUAAUCCCGUCGAUGAUAUUCCCGUGUUGCCGGAUGCGGACGAUAUUCACGAAAGCUUGCUGUACAAUGAAAGUCCAAAUCUGCCAACUGUAACGACGUACAAAAACCUCAGCUCGGACAUAUUUGCAAGUGGCAAAGCUUCAGCGCUCGGUAAUCUGGACGAAAUAGACAUCUCCAUUCUGACCGAAUGUCUCGAAAACGAGGAAGACAUCGAAGAGCCGGACGAACCGUGGACCUGGGAUCAACUAUUUACACAACUGUCGGUUAAAAUAAGCACCGAAGCGAAGACACCGGUCUUAGAGUACAGUAACUAAUCUCCUAUCGGUACAUUAUUUACUGUUUAGUGAUUAAAUCAAUUAUUUACAUUAGUAGCACUGUC